AUGCCUGGUGUUCCGCGAUUUUACCCACUGGUUUCCCUGUUCCUUAUCCUCUCAUUCAUCAGCCUGAUGCAGAACUCGGCUAAUGGUAGGGUUUUUCUUUACAUUGGUUACUGGGCAGCGCUCGUAAACGUUCCGAAAAUGACAAAGCUAUGGAACGAUCAUUCCAAGUGACGCAGGUCAUUAAACAACCUCAACUCCUCCUAAAGUAGCCGUGUUUUAAGUUCCCAAGUCAUUAAUUUUGCCUUCUUAGACGCGCUUUUAACUUAAACCCUCUUUCUCUUAGUAAUUUCUACCCUUUAUGACCAAUUUACAGCAUGCUUAAUUUUAUAAUUAAUCGUUUUUUAGCCUGUUUUCAUUUUUAAUCAAUAUAAAGUACAUUUUCGUCCUUAAAAUAAGUAAAACCAGCGACAAAUUCGGUGUCAACUGGGGAGAAGAAACUAAUUGCACGAUUAUGAAAAUGUGAGCAAAAACUGAAUUAGUGGACGAGUUCAUUCCAGUAGCAGUCGAGAGUAUGCAGGUCUUAAACAGGCUCACUUGACCAGUACUUAACGAAUAUUUAAUUAUUCUAACUCUCACAAGAAAUCGUCUUUGAUUCUUACUAUAACACUGAAACGCGGGCAGACGAGAAAUAAGCGAGCGUUCACAGGGUAUCUGCAGAUAAGUAUUGACCUCGUUUAUUGAUCUUAUUUUAGGUAACCCGUCAAAAACGGACACUGCCAGAAGACUUGCCAAAAACCUGCCUUUCCUGCGUCGAAGUCAACCAUCUUCUAAUAACCCCUUUUCUCGACUUCCAAGUCGUUCAAGGCCAGGUGGUAACACUGGGGCCUUUGCUCCGUCUUACAGCCUGAUGUUCGGGUCGUAUAAUGACCGUGGUUCGCUGUACGAUGUUGUCUUCAUCAUCGACGAUUCAGGCUCCAUUCCUUCUGAUCAGUUCAACAAGGGCUUGAGUGCAAUAAGACUCCUUAUCGGGGAUGCGUCACCUGGUACAAAAUUCGCUGCCAUAAAGUUCUCCAAUAAGGCCCACCUUUUGUUUAACUUUGUCUCACCAGAUCAGGCAAAGAAGAAAUUGUUGAAUGUCCCACGAAACAAUGGAAUGACUAACACCCAAGACGCUCUUAAAAUGGCUAGAAGAGAUCUUUUCCUAAAUCCGGCAGCCUCGGGAUCCAGGCAAAAUGCUCAUAGGAUGGCCGUGGUUGUAACAGAUGGCAACUCAAACGUCCAACCGGAUCAGACCGUACCACAAGCAAUCCAGCUCAAAGGCAUUGGAACAAGAGUUAUGGUUAUUGCUGUGGGAAAUUACCGAGAUUCUGGACGCAAGGAAAUGAAAGACAUAGCCAGUCACCCUUCCGACAAAAACUUUUUCGUUGUUGACGACUUUAAUGCCUUUCAUCAGGUCGCGAAUAUGGUUGCAAGCAUAUAA